GUAAGGGAAGUUUCGUCGGGCUAGUUUGCUAGGGCUCGCCUUCGCCUCCGCCCGCCUCGCGUCUCCUCCAUCGGCGAGAGUCCACGAGGAGCAAUCAGAGGGAAAGGAAUGGGGACCCCGGAGAUCAAGGAUCCAAGAGAGGAAGUCAUCCAAGCAUGGUACAUAGACGGCAGCGACGAGGACCAAAGGCUACCGCAUCAUCGUCAGCCUAAGGAAUUCGUUUCCCUGGACCAACUUGCUGAACUUGGAGUUCUUAGCUGGAGACUUGAUGCAGAUAACCAUGAGACAGAUGAAGAAUUGAAGAAAAUACGUGAAGAGCGCGGAUAUUCAUACAUGGACAUCUGUGAAGUUUGUCCAGAGAAGCUGCCGAAUUACGAGGAGAUGAUCAAGAACUUCUUCAAAGAACAUCUCCACUCCGAUGAGGAGAUCCGCUAUUGUCUGGCCGGAAGUGGUUACUUCGACUUGAGGGAUCAGGACGAUGUUUGGAUCCGGGUUUGGGUGAAGCAGGGAGGGAUGAUAGUUUUCCCAGCCGGAAUCUACCACCGGUUCACCCUCGACUCCGACAACUAUAUCAAGGCGAUGCGAUUGUUUGUCGGUAGCCCCAUUUGGACCCCCUACUAUCGUCCUCACGAUCAUCUGCAGGCCAGAAAGGCGUACCUGGAAGCUUUGGGCCGGAAGGGAGCGGCCGGUCGUGCUCGUGAUGCUGCAGCAUGAAACGAAGCAUGAUAGAGCGACAUACGAGAGACCUUUUGAUAAUAACUAGAUAAAAGGAGCUAUUGUGUCAUAAAGCAUCCGCAUCUCGGUCGUCGCUCGCC